AUGCGCACUCGGCUGGCUGUCACCGCUCUCCUUGCUCUGGAUCUGCUGCUGCUUCUAUGUCCUCGUCCGGCUUCAUCUUCGGAGGGGGUCGUGGUCACCCCCAGAAGGCUCGAUCCAGAUGUAAAUGGCAGACGCUAUUUCCGAAGGGGUCCCGGCGACGCGAAAGAUUUGGGGGUCGUUUUCCAAAUCACGGCUUUCAACGAGGAUUUUUACCUGAAUCUUAGCCCCGACUCGGAGUUUAUUGCCCCGGCUUUUUCCAUGCAUUUUCCGGGCUCCCUCCCCAAGCCGUCGGCCGGUUUGAGACACUGCUUCUACUCCGGGGAGGUCAACUCCGACCGGGACUCGUUCGUGGCGCUGAGUCUUUGUGGAGGACUCAAGGGAGCUUUUGGCUACCAAGGGGUGGAAUAUCUGCUCAGUCCUUUAAAGAACUACACGGGGCAGCAGGUGCGAGGCGGCCACCAGGGGCCGCACCUUCUGCAGCGCAGGCACGCCAGCUUCCGCUCAGAGGACGCCACCUCCAGGUGUGGCGUGAGCUCCGGUUCCAACCACGGCAUCAUGGAAGCUCUACGGAGGUACAGAGGCUCCCACCACAGCAAGAGGCACUCCAACGGCACCGGGGCACGCGGGGGCCACAGGUCCCGGCGGUUUGCCUCCGUCACCCGAUACGUGGAGACCCUGAUAGUGGCCGACGAAACCAUGCUGAAGUUCCACGGGGACGACCUUCAGCACUACCUGCUCACCUUGAUGGCGACGGCGGCUCAGUUGUACAAACACCCCAGUAUCCGGAACCCCAUUAACAUCGCCGUGGUCAAGUUCAUGCUUCUCACGGACGACGAGAAGGGGCCCAAGGUGACCACCAAUGCGGCCAUGACCCUGAGAAGCUUCUGCAGCUGGCAGAAAAAGUGGAACAAAGCGAGCGACAAGCACCCCGAGUACUGGGACACCGCCAUCCUCUUCACCAAGCAGGAUCUGUGCGGCGCCUCCACGUGUGACACGCUUGGAAUGGCGGACGUGGGUACGAUGUGUGAUCCUCGACGCAGCUGCUCGGUGAUAGAAGAUGAUGGGCUUCCUUCUGCCUUCACCACGGCGCAUGAGCUCGGUCAUGUUUUCAACAUGCCGCACGACAACGUGAAGGCCUGCGAGGAGAUAUUCGGGAAGCUGAAGGACAACCACAUGAUGUCACCAACGCUUAUACAAAUCGACCGUGCCCACCCGUGGUCUUUGUGCAGCUCCGCCAUCAUCACGGACUUCCUGGACAGCGGACACGGCGAAUGUCUUCUGGAUGAACCAGCGAAGCCGAUCUCCUUGCCCGAAGAGCUUCCCGGUGCCCGAUACCCUCUGAGCCGGCAAUGCGAGCUGGCGUUUGGCCUGGGCUCCAAGCCGUGCCCGUACAUGCAGUACUGCACCAAGCUGUGGUGCACGGGCCGAGCACGGGGGCAGUUUGUGUGCCAGACCCGCCACUUCCCAUGGGCAGAUGGCACAAGCUGCGGAGACGGAAGGUUUUGCCUGAACGGAGUUUGUGUGGAAAAACAUAACCCCAAUCGCUACAAGGUGGAUGGGAACUGGGGAAAAUGGAGCCCCUACGGCCAGUGCUCGCGGACCUGUGGUGGAGGCGUCCAACUAGCCAAACGGGAGUGCAAUGACCCGGAGCCCUCCCAUGGUGGCACGUACUGCGAAGGAGUGCGAGUGAAGUACCGGUCGUGUUCGCUGGAUGCCUGCCCUGAUACCGGGAAAAGUUUCCGCGAGGAGCAAUGUGAAGCUUUCAAUGGCUUUAACCACAGUACAAAUCGUCUAACUGCGACAGUGGGCUGGGUCCCUAAAUAUUCAGGCGUUUCUCCGAGGGAUAAGUGCAAGCUUAUCUGCCGAGCCAAUGGCACAGGGUACUUCUAUGUGCUCGCUCCGAAGGUGGUGGAUGGGACCCCGUGCUCCCCGGACUCCACGUCCGUGUGUGUCCAGGGGAAGUGCAUUAAAGCCGGCUGCGACGGGAAACUCGGCUCCAAAAAAAAGUUUGAUAAAUGCCGGGUGUGCGGAGGGGACAACAAGAGCUGCAAGAAGGUCUCCGGCCUCUUCACCAAACCCAUACAUGGUUAUAACUUCGUCGUGACGGUUCCAACUGGCGCCAGUAAUCUAGAUGUCCGACAGCGCGGCUAUAAAGGCCUGAUUAAUGAUGACAACUACCUUGCAAUAAGGAAUAGCCAAGGCCGCUAUCUGUUGAACGGGAAUUACAUUGUAUCAGCUGUGGAGCGAGAUAUUCCUGUCAAGGGGAGUCUGUUGAAAUACAGCGGUACGGGAACUGCGGUGGAAGCUCUUCAAGCUAUCAACGUCAUUCAAGAACCGCUCAUCAUAGAGGUUCUUUGUGUGGGUAAAAUGACCCCUCCAAGAUUGAGGUAUUCCUUCUAUGUACCCAGGGAAAAGAAAGUUGGACAGUCGAUAAGCAAUAGUCUUGCGGGUCUGGCUCCCCCAGCUCCAAGACCUAAGCCCCAGUCUCAAUGGACAUCUGGUAACUGGGGUCCAUGCUCAGUGAGCUGCGGAAACGGGAAACAGACCAGAUCUGUCGGGUGCCGUGACCCUUGGGAACAACCUGCAACUGACUGCCAAGCGGCUCUCCGUCCAUCAGACACGAGGACCUGUGGUGACCCGUGUCCUACAUGGGAGGCUGGAGAAUGGACUCCCUGCUCCAAAAGCUGUGGCCGAGGUUUUAAAAGACGGCAGCUGAGGUGCAGCGCAGGCGGAGGGGUAACUCUACCCCGAGAGCACUGUCACUUGAAACGAAAGCCGCAGGAACUGGACUUCUGCACCCUUCGGCCUUGCUGACUUUUGAGAACCGAGUCAAGGGACAUUCAACACUUUGGAAUUCUAGAAAUCUAGGAGAAGGUUCUAGAAGGGUUCAGGAGCCAGAUUCCAGCACUGAAGAUGCGUAUUUCAGAAAAGUGCCAAAAUUUGAAGGAAUCCAUGUACUGUGACCAAAGAAACACAUUUUUACAUCCCGAACCCAAAGGCAGAAGGAUACACGUUGGGUGAAGACCAAGCCAAUGCUUUGCACUUUUUAUCAGUGUGUUUUGUAAGAGGUGAUGUUGGUUUGUUUCUCUUUAUUUUUGAAUUCUGGGGCAUCCCACAUUAUGUAUAAUUUUCAGAGCAAUGUAUUGAAAGUCUAAAGUGUUUAGGAUUACUACUCGGGGAUCUGAGAAGAAGUCUGAUACGUUUGCGUUACCUAGCCCAGGGAGCUGUUCUACUUUUCUUAUUGGUUCCAGGCACAUUGGAUCUACUAGAUUAUCUCAGGAAUACGUUGGUGAUCCGGUCUUAUAUUUAUACAUUAGUCAUGUGUAAACAUGCUGCUCUUUAUCCACCAAGUCCCAGCUGUCGUUGAAAACCCUCUUACCCCAUAGAGGGGGAAAAAGAUGCAGAUUUGGUGCAUAAACAGAGACAUGGACCCAAAGAUUAAGAUAGAUGUAUGAUAUCAGAGGGGGGGGGCAAUGUACAGAUACAAAGUAUCACAGUCUAUAAAAGGAGUCUAUAAGUCACAAGAAACACGUUUACACUUCCAUAGGGUUGUCCAUAGGUAACUGCCAGGGUAAAUCUCUCUGGCUGAGGAACUAGAGCAGUAAUCUCAAAAGCAGCCGUACCAGAUGAGGGCAUCUCAUCCAU